AAAUUCAUUAAAUUGUUGCUGAGUAAGACGUUUACCAAUAAAAAUGGAGCAACCAGACAAGGAAGUACAAGCUCUCGAAGCCGAAGUUAAAGUAUUGAACACGGAACUGGCACUACAAAAUGCCGGGAAUAGAAGAAAUAGGCUUAAGCGGGAGAUCGCAGAGUUGGAGGAGGCCAUGGAGAAGCAGAGGAUAGCAUUGGUGAAUGCCAACAAAAACAGGAAGGCAGCUAAGACAAUUAUCUUAAGUCUGAUGGAUUUGAAUCAGAAGGGCGGUAAAACCCCAACAGGGUCAAAUAGUCCUUCAGACAAUGAAGGAUCCUCUGAGGAUUUCGACUUGGAUGAAGAAUAGAAACUUUUCCAGUAAAAACCCCAAAAUGUUCACCAAAAUGUUUCUUAAUAUUCGAUUAAAAAUCAAUUAUCAUCUUUAUUUGUCUAAAUUUAAAGAACGGAAUAUAUAAAAUAAAAUUCAGCAUAACCAUCCAGAUGGAUUUCAGCUAAAAAGGACUUAUUUUUAUUUAAAUUAAGGUUUGAUUAAAGUUCGUGCGGGCUAAAAAAAC